CAUGGCGGUCCCUGCAAAACAGUAUGGGCUGAUCUUGCCACAGAAGAAAGCAGCGUCAAAGACAGCAAUCCUGCAGAAGCCCUCAGUGUUUGGGGAUGACUCAGAUGAUGAGACCUCAGUUGGCGAGAGUCUACAGAGAGAAGCUGUCAAAAAAAAGAUGAUGAAGCAGACUCGUUUGGAGAUGCAGAAGGCCCUGGAAGAGGACAGCACUGUAUAUGACUAUGAUGCUGUGUAUGAUGACAUUCAAAACCAGAGACUUGAGAGCAACAAAAAAAUUCUGCAUGGCACUGACAAAAGGCCAAAGUAUAUCCACCAGUUAAUGAGAGCAGUCGAGGACCGAAAGAAAGAACAAGAACGAAGGGAAGAGAGGAAGAUCCAGAAGGAAAGGGAGGCAGAGGGAGAGCAGUUUGCUGAUAAAGAGGCUUACGUCACCUCGGCCUACAGGCAAAAACUGCAGGAGCAGAAGGAGGAGCAGGAGAGAGAGAAGAGAGAGGCUGAGAUGGAAGCUGCUUUGGACGUGAAGAAACAAAAAGACCUGAGCGGCUUCUACCGACACCUGCUGAAUCAGACUGUAGGGGAGGAGGCGAUACCAGAUCGCUCAGCAAACAAAAGUCAACCCUCAAAGGUUCCAAAAGACGCAGAGAGGACUUUACCUGUUCCCACAUCUACAUCCCACGAUAAUAUCCCAAGUUCAUGCAGUGACAAUGAGGAGGGGCAAGAGCAGAAGUCUGGUUUUAGCAAGUCUGCAACAGGCUCUGCACACUCAAAACGGCAAUACAGACAGAGGUCGCCUUCAUCAGGGAGUGGAGAGGAGAAGGAGAAGGACAAAGAAAGGGAAAAAGACAGGCAUAAGAAGAGCCACAGAGAUCAAGACAGAGACAAAGGGAGGGACAGAGAUAGAGACCGAGACCGAAACAGGGGAAGGGAAAGGGAUGACAGACAUGGAGGAAGAAGAGAAGACAGGGAUAGAAGGAAAGAUAGGGACAGAGGCAGAGAAGAUGACAGAAGCAGAGGCAAAGCAGAUACAGAGAGGGAAGACAGGCACGGGAAGAGGGAGAGGAGCCCCAAAGAACGAGAGAGGGACAAGAACGGGGAAAGAGAGAGGAGGAGGUAUCCAGAUGAAGACAAGCGGAAGGACAAAUAUCGGGAAGAAGAGAAGGAGAGGAGGAAGGAACCCGAGAAAGAGAAGGCAGUGAAGACGGAAGAGAAAGAUCCAGAAAAGAAGGAACACAGAAAGGGAAAAGAAGAUGAACACAGAGAGGAAGGCGGGGAGAAAGCGGACAUGGAGGGAAAGGAGCCCAACAAGUUUGCAAAGCGCAGCACAGAUCAGACUGUGAGUUCGGCGAGAGACAGGUACAUGGCCAGACAGGUGGCACGCUCGGCCUGUAAGACCUAUAUAGAGAAGGACGAGGACUGAGCCAACAUCCCUGAAUUGCACACAAACUUUAUCUCAAUUUGACAAGGCUCCUUUAUGUUUUUCUUGUUUUUUUUCAACAAAGAUCAAAACGAGUUAGUUGCUUCUUCUGUCACCACUUUCUAUUUUUUCCUGAAGUUGUAAAUCUUUAAAAACUGGUCACACAUAUAGAGUUUCAUUUGAUUUGCUGGGCAGUGAAGUUCUUAAUAAAUGUUCCUCAAGCAGGCAUAAAUAGCAGAUUUGUUGUUGACUUUUUUCAUCUGUGGAUUAAUACACAUUUGGUACAUUAGUAUGUAUUUACAGCACUAGAACAGUGUAUAUGGGACUGACUGACUGACAAAGUAUACCACAGUGCCAGUGUUCAUUGUAAUGAAAGAACAUGUCACAGAGUGCAACAGUAAGGCUUAUUGAUGUAUUUUUAAUAGUGGAGGACUGUGGCAUAGAAGAAUAUAUCAGACAGUACUUGACAGUAGUGUCAAUGCCCUGUUGGUUGUGGUCUUUUCAUGGGAUUUGUUGACAAUAAAAAAAAAUAUUGAAUAUUGCCAACCUCACCCUGUAAAUGCUGACUCCAUCAUACACUGCACUGGAGAGAUUCAAACAGCAGAGUGUGCUCAUGGUCUUCAUUGACAAGAGAUGGUGCUGGACAAUACUUUUUGUUUGGGGCGGAGAGGCACUUGGAAAGGUGGAUUUUUGAUCUAUCCUUGUUAAAUAUGAAUUCUGACUUGUAAAUAUGAUACCUUUGAGCGUCUUGUACCAUCACAUACAGGAAUGAGUGUAUAUAGGGAAUGUUAAUUGGUUAAUUCAGGAGGUGGAUGAGUUGAUUGAGGUGUAAGCCACUGAUGUUGUGUUUGAUCACUUUUGUAUCUUUUUGAUGCAGACAGUGAUGAGUUAAUAAAAUCGUUUCUGG